AUGACGGAAAUAAUUACGUUCAAGUCAGUAACCCGGGCGUGCGUUAUUGAUGGGUCGGCGGCGCCGAGACGCGCGGUAAGUGGGUCAGGGGGGGCGGAGGCGCGCAGCCGCCGCGGCACGCGCCCUCAGCCCCCAACCAUGGCGGACGCGCCGCCCGACGUGCUCGAGCUCAACGUGGGCGGCGUGCACUACGCUACCACGCGCGAAACGCUUCUGCGCGAACCCGACUCACUACCCGCGCAAGCCAUCGCCAACGCCGAACAUCCGCGCGACGCCCGCGGCCGCUUCUUCUUCGACCGCGACGGCGUCCUCUUCCGGUACGUGCUUGACUACCUUCGUGACGGCGGACUGGUGCUGCCCGAGUGCUUCAGGGAACACAAGAGACUCGCGCGGGAAGCCAAACAUUACCGGCUGCCGGGUCUCGAGAACGCCGUCAAGGAAUCUGAUCCUCGUCCGCCGAAUCGCGAGAAAGGAUGCAUCACUGUCGGUUACAGAGGUAGCUUUGCUUUUGGCCGUGAUGGCCUCGCAGAUGUUAAGUUCCGCAAGUUGUCGCGAAUUUUGGUAUGCGGCAAGGUGACGUUGUGUAGAGACGUGUUUGGGGAAACGCUGAACGAGUCCCGAGAUCCCGACCACGGAUUGGCGGACCGGUACACGUCCCGAUUCUUCCUGAAGCACUCGUUCAUCGAGCAAGCGUUCGACAUGCUGCAAGAAAAUGGGUUCAAAUUGACUGCGAGCUGCGGCAGCGGCACCGCCGGCGGAGCGACCGACCUCAAGCCAGGAGUGGAUUCUGAGGAGAACCGCUGGAACCAUUACAACGAAUUUGUGUUCGUGCGAGAAUAAGUUGGGAAAUAGUGGCAAUGGAUCAGCUGGAACAACUGACAGAUGCGCAGUACCUGCGGCGAAGCUAUCUAAAAGGAACUUUUCACGUGCAGGUAAUGACAACAUUCGUGCGAUUCGAGUGGGGCUGAGAGAAUUAAAUUAAUAUCCCUUUUUUCACGAACUCUACUUUUCAAAUAUAUUAUGUAGAUAUAAAAAUUCCAGAUCAAGUUUGGAUUUAUGUGAUCCCUCGUUAAGGAUUCGUUAGAAGUGAAGUAAAGUAUAUAUUUUAU